AUGAUUCCCAUUAACUCCAUGCAACCCUAUAAAACUAUGUUCUGAAGGGGAAAUAAAGCAGCAGGCAGAUAAUUAAAAAGAGCUUAAGAGCACUCACCAGAAAAUACAUACAAUUGCCUCAACCAUCAUGGCCUCAAUGCAGAUGAAGAAACCUUUUGAUGUCACCAUGUUCCACAAAGAAUACCAGGUAUUGCCUGUCCAAAGUCACAGCCACGAGGAGCAUGGCGGCAGCCAGGGCCAAAACUUCGCUCAACUAUCUCACACCCACACCACCGGGAACCAGAGCCGAGCGCAGAGUAACCAGGCACACCCCCAUGACUCUGCCAGCAUUGGUUGCCAAGCAAAGUGUGAAACAAAAAUGAAAAACCAAAAAGAAAAGAAGGAAAAGAAAGAAAAGGAUGAUAAGGGAAAGAAAGAAAAGGAUGAUCACAAGGAAAAGAAAGAAAAGGGUGAUCUCAAGGGAAAGAAAGAAAAGGAUGAUCACAAGGAAAAGAAAGAAAAGGGUGAUCACAAGGAAAAGAAAGAGAAGAAAGAAAAGGAUGAUCAUAAGGAAAACAAGGAAAAGAAAGGGGAUGAUAAGAAAAAAGAGAAGGCCGGGCAUAAAAAGCAGUAGGAUAGUAGCAGUGGCAAUGACUAAAGAUCAGCAAGGAGGAAACAACAUAAAUAAUGAUUGAGAGCUCAAGUCAAGCCAGAAUGUCUGCCACCAUAACCUAUAAAUCAUAAAGUGCGAGGAAGAAAAUAAAACAGCAUAUUAAAUAAGUGUGACUUAAUUAUAAAAACUUGUAGCUGAAUCCGUCAGAUGAUUCAUGAAUAAUAUAUAGGUUGUUUGAUAAA